GACUCCGACGCAGCUCAUCUCAGAACCUCGAGGACAAACAUCAGCAGCAGGGGGCGCCACCGGGCAGCCCCGAGGCGGCGGCGACCAACGGCACGUUCCAGCGCGGAGGAUUCCGAGCGACGGCCGGCCCGCGACUUGCAUGGUCGCGCGACCUCAAACCCGGGGAGCUGGACACACCGUUUGCGCGCUGGGACGGUGACAAGGUGGCGAUGUGGGUGCACGAGAUCGGUCUGUCCGCGUACGUCAUCGACAGCAAGCGCUGGGUGAAGAACGGAGACCAGCUGCUGAGAGCGACGCCGCAGGACCUAGAGAAGGAGCUGGGCAUCCACAAUCCUCUACACAGGAAGAAGCUGCAGCUGGCUCUGCAGGCGGUGGGGUCGGAGGAGAUGGAUGCCAAAUGUAACCUAGAUCAUCACUGGGUGACACGUGAGUGCUUACUUCCUGCUCACUUACUGUACAUGCUCUCUGUCUGUCUGCCUCUCUCUCUCUCUCGGCGC